CACUAAUACUAUCCAUAAUUUGUCCAUAGAAGGCUAUAAUAAAUAGCCUGUUAUGCUGAUUAUUAUAAUAUUCUUUGUUGAAUGCGCAUGCGUAUUCCCUCACCACGAAUGAUUUUAAACAACGUGCUUCCGGUAGUGAUCAUUCAGUCCAAGAUGGCGGACCUCCUGGGCUCAAUCUUGAGUUCGAUGGAAAAACCUCCUACAGUCGGCGACAAGGAGAGCCGACGAAAGGCCCGAGGUAUAAUCAAUAUUAAUCUAUAGUUAUUUAUCCUCAAUUCGUUUGUAAUUAUUCGAUUGUAAAGAUAAGAGUUUUUCGUAAAUUUAGCUGGAUACAGGAUCCCUUCCGUGGAGUUCUCAACCUCCCGAUCAUCUGUACAGAAAAGUAACUAGUCACGAACGAUUUGCCCUUGUAGUGAAUUGCGUUCUUAUUUAAGAUGUCUCCGAUUGGUCAAAAUCAGUCCUUCUAGUGCUCUCAUUGGCCAAAUGAUCCAUCAUUCAAUGUUUAUGUUUGCGCACGCAAAGCAGCACCGCCUCUUUUACAGUCACUGGCACAAACUGGUUUAAUCAAUGUUGUUUCAACGUAAUUUGUCAACGUAUUGUGACGUGGAAUCUACGUGGAAAAUACAUUUGAUUUGAAAAACGUCAUAAACUUAAACUUGUUUGAGGGUGAAAUUUAAACCACAUGAUUAUGUCCUCAUGGUAACCAAAUUUCAACAUAGACAAACCUUGUAUAAAAUGUUGAAUUUGUACCUUUAAAAAAAGUCAGAUUUUCAACAUAUCUGCUAUCAGAAAAAUAGGCUGGGCAGCACCUCCUACUGGAUAAUUUAUCUAUCUACCCUUUGGGCUCCCUUCCAAAGUUUUAAGCAAGCCCAGCUAUAUUUGUCACUGACUAUUAUCCAUGUGCUAUUGUGAGAAUGAUUUAUUGAGAGAUCUCCACUUAAACUUCACUGUUGCUUUCGAAGUCAUUCCAAAGAGUAGGUUUAACAGAGCAAAUUCAAUAUGACAAUACUUUAUCAAUCACCAAUUAUGUUAUUUAGGCCUACAGUGCAUUCGGAAAGUAUUCAGACCCCUUGACUUUUUUCAAAUGUUACGUUACAGCCUUAUUCUAAAAUUGAUUAAAUAGGGUAUUUUCCCCUCAUCAAUCUACACACAAUACCCCAUAAUGAAAAAGCAAAAACUGGUUUAGAAACUUGAGCAAAUUUAUAAAAUAAAAAACAGAAAUAUCACAUUUACAUAAGUAUUCAAUUCAAAUCAGACCCUUUACUCAGUACUUUGUUGAAGCACCUUUGGCAGCGAUUACAGCCGUGAGUCUUCUUGGGUAUGACACUACAAGCUUGGCACACCUGUAUUUGGGGAGUUUCUCCCAUUCUUCUCUGCAGAUCCUCUCAAGCUCUGUCAAGUUGGAUGGGGAGCGUCGCUGCACAGCUAUUUUCAGGUCUCUCCAGAGAUGUUAGAUCGGGUUCAAGUCCGGGCUCUGGCUGGGCCACUCAAGGAGAUUCAGAGACUUGUCCCAAAGCCACUCCUGCAUUGUCUUGGCUGUGUGCUUAGGGUCGUUGUCCGGUUGGAAGGUGAACCUUCACCCCAGUCUGGAGCAGGUUUUCAUCAAGGAUCUCUCUGUACUUUGAUCCGUUCAUCUUUUCCUUGAUCCUGACUUGUCUCCCAGUCCCCUGAAAAACAUCCCCACAGCAUGAUGCUGCCACAAACAUGCUUCACCGUAGGGAUGGUGCCAGGUUUCAUCCAGACGUGACACUUGGCAUUCAGGCCAAAGAGUACAAUCUUGGUUUCAUCAGACCUCAUGUUCUGAGAGACUUUAGGUGCCUUUUGGCAAACUCCAAGCGGGCUGUCAUAUGCCUUUUACUGAACAGUGGCUUUCGUCUGGCCACUCUACCAUAAAGGCCUGAUUGGUGGAGUGCUGCAGAGAUGGUUGUCCUUCUGGAAGGUUAUCCCAUCUCCACAGAGGAACUCUGGAGCUCUGUCAGAGUGACCAUCAGGUUCUUGGUCACCUCCCUGACCAAGGCCCUUCUCCCCCGAUUGCUCAGUUUGGCCGGGCGGCCAGCUCUAGGAAGAGCCUUGGUGGUUCCAAACUACUUCCAUUUAAGAAUGAUGGAGGCCACUGUGUUCUUGGGGACCUUCAAUGCUGCAGUACUUUUUUGGUACUCUUCCCCAAAUCUGUGCCUCGACACUAUCCUGUCUCGGAGCUCUACAGACAAUUCCUUCGACCUCAUGGCUUGGUUUUUGCUCUGAUAUGCACUGUCAACUGUGGGACCUUAUAUAGACAGGUGUGUGCCUUUCCAAAUCAUGUCCAAUCAAUUGAAUUUACCACAGGUGGACUCCAAUCAAGUUGUAGAAACAUCUCAAGGAUGAUCAAUGGAAACAGGAUGCACCUGAGCUCAAGUUAGUCUCAGAGCAAAGGGUCUGAAUACUUACAGUGGGGAGAACAAGUAUUUGAUACACUGACGAUUUUGCAGGUUUUCCUACUUACAAAGCAUGUAGAGGUCUGUAAUUUUUAUCAUAGGUACACUUCAACUGUGAGAGACGGAAUCUAAAACAAAAAUCCAGAAAAUCACAUUGUAUGAUUUUUAAGUAAUUCAUUUGCAUUUUAUUGCAUGACAUAAGUAUUUGAUCACCUACCAACCAGUAAGAAUUCCGGCUCUCACAGACCUCUUAGUUUUUCUUUAAGAAGCCCUCCUGUUCUCCACUCAUUACCUGUAUUAACUGCACCUGUUUGAACUCGUUACCUGUAUAAAAGACACCUGUCCACACACUCAAUCAAACAGACUCCAACCUCUCCACAAUGGCCAAGACCAGAGAGCUGUGUAAGGACAUCAGGGAUAUAAUUGUAGACCUGCACAAGGCUGGGAUGGGCUACAGGACAAUAGGCAAGCAGCUUGGUGAGAAGGCAAUAACUGUUGGCGCAAUUAUUAGAAAAUGGAAGAAGUUCAAGAUGACGGUCAAUCACCCUCGGUCUGGGGCUCCAUGCAAGAUCUCACCUCGUGGGGCAUCAAUGAUCAUGAGGAAGGUGAGGGAUCAGCCCAGAACUACACGGCAGGACCUGGUCAAUGACCUGAAGAGAGCUGGGACCACAGUCUCAAAGAAAACCAUUAGUAACACACUACGCCGUCAUGGAUUAAAAUCCUGCAGCGCACGCAAGGUCCCCCUGCUCAAGCCAGCGCAUGUCCAGGCCCGUCUGAAGUUUGCCAAUGACCAUCUGGAUGAUCCAGAGGAGGAAUGGGAGAAGGUCAUGUGGUCUGAUGAGACAAAAAUAGAGCUUUUUGGUCUAAACUCCACUCGCCGUGUUUGGAGUAAGAAGAAGGAUGAGUACAACCCCAAGAACACCAUCCCAACCGUGAAGCAUGGAGGUGGAAACAUCAUUCUUUGGGGAUGCUUUUCUGCAAAGAGGACAGGACGACUGCACCGUAUUGAGGGGAGGAUGGAUGGGGCCAUGUAUCGCGAGAUCUUGGCCAACAACCUCCUUCCCUCAGUAAGAGCAUUGCAGAUGGGUCGUGGCUGGGUCUUCCAGCAUGACAAUGACCUGAAACACACAGCCAGGGCAACUAAGAAGUGGCUCCGUAAGAAGUAUCUCAAGGUCCUGGAGUGGCCUAGCCAGCCUCCAGACCUGAACCCAAUAGAAAAUCUUUGGAGGGAGCUGAAAGUCCGUAUUGCCCAGCGACAGCCCCGAGACCUGAAGGUAUGGAGGAGUGGGCCAAAAUCCCUGCUGCAGUGUGUGCAAACCUGGUCAAGACCUACAGGAAACGUAUGAUCUCUGUAAUUGCAAACAAAGGUUUCUGUACCAAAUAUUAAGUUCUGCUUUUUUGAUGUAUCAAAUACUUAUGUCAUGCAAUAAAAUGCAAAUGAAUUACUUAAAAAUCAUACAAUGUGAUUUUCUGGAUUUUUGUUUUAGAUUCCGUCUCUCACAGUUGAAGUGUACCUAUGAUAAAAAUUACAGACCUCUACAUGCUUUGUAAGUAGGAAAACCUGCAAAAUCGGCAGUGUAUCAAAUACUUGUUCUUCCCACUGUAUGUAAAUAAGGUAUUUCUGUUUUUAUUUGUAAAAAAUGUGCAAUAAUUUCUAAAAACCAGUUUUCGCUUUGUCAUUAUGGGGUAUUUUGUGUAGAUUGAGGAUAUUUUUUUAUUUAAUCCAUUUUAGAAUAAAGCUGUAAUGUGGAAAAAGUCAAGGAGUCUGAAUACUUUCUGAAUGCACUUUAUAUAGCAUUUGCAUGUCAUCGAGCAACUGUUAGAAUUCAACCCAGAAUUCAACAGAAAAUGGACAAUACAAUAGGCCUAGGGUUUCAACCUCGGGUUGAUUUAAAAUGUUAUGAUAUUUAUUGAUUUUGAAUUGUUUGGUGUCAACGCAACCAAAUAUCAACAUUUGAUGGAGAUGUCUUCUGCUUGGAUAGUUCAAUCUUACAAAUUGAUAUGUUGGAUUCAAGUCUCCAUCUCAACCAAAAAUCUAAGUUAAAGAAUAGGACUACAUCAAAUCAAACUUUAUUUAAAGUUUGAUUUGAUUUAGUCCUAUUCUAUAGCUUUUGUCUAUUACUUUUGUAAUACAGUAAAUAACCUAAAGUUAACACAAACUAAUAUAACAUUUAACCUUUAAAUGAAUAACACCCAUGGCCACAGUUUUGAGGUUACUGUUACUAUACAUUUCUUCUUAUGCAAUCAUAUAAAGUGUGCAUUUUCAAGAUAGCAUGCAUAGGUCAUCACAGGUCUGUGGAGAUCUUCACAUUGCUUUAAUAAUCUGCUCAGAAUCUCGAAUGACAUUUAUUACUUGUGCCAUGUACUUUUAAUGUAAUCUCAACUGCAAUCCAGGUCAUUUGGUUCUGCUAUUAGAUGAAGCACAGUGAUAACACAUUCAUCUGUUGUAUAAACAAACUAAAUAUCUGACAUUGUAUUCCUAUUUGAACAUUGCUGUGCUUUUAAAUGGUUGAAAGCGCAGUGAUAGACAUUUAGGUGACAACUAAACAAAAAACAGAUGUUGUUUUUCCAUUGGAAGAUGGUUGAAAGCAUAUUGAUAACACAUUGGAAAUUCAACUAACUUUGGCUGUCUUUUUGAGUGGCUGAAUAUAGGUUGUUAUCUUAUUGAACAACGUCUCAACCAAAUAUUAUCCAAUUAUCCACGUUGAAAUGACGUAGUGUGCCCAGUGGGUGCGUUAUUUGAUAAUAAUGAACAUCAGACUGAACAGUUCUUAUGCAAGUCACAUGUACUAAGGUUAUGUCAGUAGAACCUCGUCCGGAAAUGAUAUAUGAAUUACACGUAAGCAGCUAUAGCAUAGGAUCCUCUUGCUCUAUGGAUGCAUUUGCUCAGAUGACACUAAAUCCAGAGUUUACCAACAUAAUGAAAGUGAUGUCCAGGUAAUAAAAGUAUGGUAUAGGAAAUAUAUAAUAUAUAUAAUUAUAGGCUAUUCAGACAAUCAAUCGGUUAUAACAUCUACUCGUGGGAAUUAAUAGGCCUACAUUUUCAGUAUGAAAACAAUGUAAUAAUAUAACCUUGUUUUCUAUCCCUCAACAGAACAGGCGGCAAGAAUGAAGAAGAUGCAGGAGGAUGAGAAGAAAAAGAAAGCAGAGUUCAGGAAAAGGGUGAGAGGCUCUGUCUGAAGCUGGGUCAUUAUGUUCUGUCUGACUCCUUUGUGGGGUCAUUUUCUGCUCACCCAGUGGAAUGUCCAGUCAGUAACUUGGACAAGACAGCUCUAAAUCCCAAGAAACAAAUCCAAGAAUUGUUUCCAAUUCUUCAUUGACUGAUCUUUGGUGGGCAAAGAUCAAUCCAGUUUAUACCGCCUUCAUCUCUUUUUCAGAUGGAGAAAGAGGUGUCAGAAUUCAUUCAAGACACUAAGCAACAGAAGAGGAAGUACAGUCCCAUGGGAAAGAUUGAAAGGAGCAUAUUGUAAGUGAAACAUUAUAAAUAUAUAUUUUAAUCUAUAAAUAGAGAACAUAAUGUAAUAAAACUUUAACUUUAUUUUAUGAGAGGACUACAAACAUAAUAUGUAACAGUUGCGCAUCUCUUUUUACAUGUAAACUUUUACUGACAUCCUGGCUUGUUAAAGGCAUGAUGUUGCAGAAGUCGCUGGUCUGGCAUCGUUUUCUUUCGAAGAGGAUGAGGAGAGCAGAUACGUCAUGAUUUUUAAGAAGGUAAAGAAGACCUCUUUGGAUAUUCUUUAUGGCUGCAUUCACAAAUAUCACCAGAUUGGCAUGCCCUUCCCAUGAGUUGUACUAUGAUUUUAGUGCAUAGUGCUGGCAUUUUAUUAUGCGUUGUAUAUUUGUUAUUCUCCCUGAUGCAUAACUGAAAAUAUGUAUUCAAAAUGACUCUGGCAGGAGUUUGCUCCAUCAGACGACGAGCUGGAGGCUUACCGGAAAGGAGAGGAGUGGGACCCCCAGAAAGCUGAAUACCGUCGCAGACUUAAAGUAAGACUGGAGACACAAACAGUCACUCACACUCAUUGAGGAACAAAACUGAAGAGAAGCACAUAUUAUACUAUACAUGUCCGUAACUGUAUAUCAUUUGGCAGAAUACAUUAAUUUACACAGAGAAAAAUCCGAUUAAAGUAAUGCAGACUUGUUAUAACAUAGCAGUACUGAUGGUUCACACUUGAGUCUUGCUACACCUUAAUAGAUCUAAUCACUCUAGCUGUACUCAUUGACAUGUUGCAGGUAACCCUUUGUUCUCUAAUAUGCUGCAGUCUUGCCUUCACUCAGCACAAUAUCUCAAAUCAAAUGUAUUGGUCACAUACACAUGGUUAGCAGAUGUUAUUGCGAGUGUAGCGAAAUGCUUGUGCUUCUAGUUCCGACAGUGCAGCUAAAUCUAGCAAGUAAUAUUUAACAGUUCCACAACAAAUACCUAAUACACACAAAUCUAAGGAAUGGAAUAAGAAUAUAUAAAUAUAUGGAUGAGCAAUGUCAUUAUCAGAGUGGCAUAGGCUAAGAUGCAAUAGAUAGUAUAGAAUACAGUAUAUACAUAUGAGAUGGGUAAUGCAAGAUAUGUAAACAUUAUUAAGAUAGUAUAUACAUAUGAGAUGGGUAAUGCAAGAUAUGUAAACAUUAUUAAAGUGGCAUUAUUAAAGUGACUAAUGUUCCAUUUAAAGAGGCCAUUUAAAGAGGCCAAUGAUUUUCAAGUCUGUAUGUAGGCAGCAGCCUCUCUGUGCUAGUGAGUGUAGGUUGGGUUCAGAGCUGUUGCUCAAAGAAAGUGUUUGAUAAUUAAACCUGCCCACUGCUCUUCAGGAGCAGGCCGCGUUGGAAGAGGAGACCGCCAGUAAGACACAGAAGAGGGCAGCAUCUCCCAGCUCCAAUUACCGUGACAAGUACAGCCAUCUGAUCGGCACCUCUUCUGCUAAGGAUGCAGCACAUACGCUAGAGGCCAACCAGGCAUAUGGCAUGGGUGAGUGUGAAGAGGCUCAGUAUGUGAUUUCUCAUCCUCAGUGAAUCACAUCUCCUCAUGGUGUGUGCUGUGUUCUUUGCCUAACAAAAAUGUAUUUGUCUCUCCCCCCUCAGUACCUGUGGCCAACAAAAGGGACACCCGCUCCAUAGAGCAGGCCAUGAAUGAGAUCCGGGCCAAGAAACGUCAGAAGACAGGAGAUGAAGACACCGGGGCAGGGAGCACCUCCACCUCCUGAGAGGGCUUGUAUAUGUGUGUGAGUAAGUGACUGAGUGUAAAAGAGAGAAAACGUAUGAGGAGCGCAGAGGGAGUACCUCUAAACUGUUCUUGUACAGGCUUAACCUACAGUAGGCCUACUACAUUGAAAGAUCCUACAUCUUUCCCAGGACAUAUACAAUAGGUGAAACUUGUGGGUAUGUACGGAAGGUUCUUGAAUUAUGUAUCUCCUCUGUCCUUGACUCUGGUUGACUGUUUUUAUGUUCCAACCAAAUUGGUCUUGUGGAAGUCUGAUAAGAGCAUUUUCUCUAUUGGCUUUCUUUCUGUCUACCCCAAAGUCCUGUAAUUUCUCCCACACAAAUGAGUCCUUUUUCUCAGUGAAAGCGAAGAGGAGAGUAGCACCACCAUGAGGGGCAACAGUAAGUUGCCUGAGGGUUUAGCCUUUGUCUGUUUUCACUUUUACAAGGAAAAUUAUUCCUAUUGUGACAUCUAGUGGCAAUUAGGCGUUACAACAAUUUUUUUAUUAGAACGUUUUUGUGUGUUUUUAGCUACAUAAUGGGCUCUAUUCAAUCUGUAUCGCUGAAGCGUUACAGAUUGUGUGAUAGAAAUGUAAAGGUGAUUCCCGAUUGAGCUGACAUAUGCGGCGUUUACCAUGAAUGCAGUCUCCACUAAAUGUAAAACACGCUGUACCCACUUGGACACACACUGGUUGAAUCAAUGUUGUUUCCACG